GUUGAUAGAGUAGCUUUGACGCCAGGGUUUUCCGGCGCUGAUGGAUCGAUGGAGCGCUACUCUGAAGGUCCCGAUCCACGCCAAGGGCGCCGCCCGCUGCCGAGUCGCCGUAUCUCUCCGUCUCUCGCCGUCUUCCGAGACCUUACUCGCGCCGUCCGCCAAUGCCGUCUUCUUCAAUGGGGAUCGAGUCGGAGGGACCGGGAACCCCGUCGUGGAGAGGCUCUCGGACCCGCAGGCGAUAGCCGACGUUCUCGUCUCGAAGUUCGGCGGCGCCGUCAACGCGUGGGUCGUCGAGGCUUCCACCUUCAACGGGCCCUUUGCCGUCUAUAAGGAGUUCGUCCCUUCGGCGAACAAGUAUGGGGAGCCGAGAUCGUAUAGCCACGUCGGGUUCCCUGCUUCUUCGUCGACCGUCUCGCUGUUGUCAAAUUGUCUUGAGGAGGUGAAGAAUGUUCUUUCAAGGAAAAAGAAUCUUGUGUCCACAAGCUUAUUACCACCGCAGGGACAUCCACCGAAAACUGUCAUCCUCGGUUUUAGCAAAGGUGGCACUGUGCUUAACCAGCUGGUGACUGAGCUCAGCCAUUUCGAACCUUCAUCUUCUGGACAUCCAUCUUUUGCUGGACAAGAGCUAUUGAGCCAUGAAGCCCCUGAUAUUCGGGUGGGGACUCAAAUUUUACCUACUACGAAAGAAAGAUUUCUGAGCAGCAUCCAAGAAAUCCAUUACGUUGAUGUUGGCCUAAAUUCCUCUGGCGCAUACAUCACCGAUCCAAAUGUGAUUGGCAGACUCUCCCAACAGUUUGUACAACGAGCUCAGGCAUUGCGAUUUGUCCUUCAUGGAACUCCUAGGCAAUGGUGCGACCGUAAACGCAUUUGGAUUCGCUGUGAAAAGGAUAGACUGCUGCACCUGCUCGAAUCUGAACCGCAGAAGGCCGGAGGCAAAAUACAGGUAGCAGAGAAGUUUUAUUUUGCUGACAGGCCUCCAGAUCUAGAGAUGCAUUUUGCGAUAAUUGAAAAUUUGGAUGUGAGCAUCUAACUUAUAAAAGUUACGGAGUGGUAUCAUGACUUGUACAGCGUUGUGUUUAGACAGAGUUGAGAGCUGCUUGUUUGUGCCUGUUCACUACACUUUACCCAGUUAUUCUUACUCUUGUUGCCCCUUCACAGACACAUAGUUUUUACUUGGCAAAAAAUAAAGAUUAAUUCAGAGUAUGUGUAAGACCUCAGUGUAAUGAAGAAUGAUCAGAGUAUGUAUAAGGACUACCUCAUUGUAAUGAAAAAUGAAACAGUCUCAUCUUUAAGGCCAUCUAUUUAGGUUUCAGCGCAUGUAUUUCCUGAUCCAUGGGAUAGGAGACCUGGGACUUACAUUCAAGAUUGAGUUUCAUGUCAAAGGAG